UCUCUGGUAGCUGCUCAGUAUCAACGCCACGCUCAUGAUUCCUCUGCGAGUUGUUCAGUACGCGGGCUUAUCUUUUCUGCUCUGAUGUAUUUAUAAUAUAUUUAUAUAUUUUUAAUUGUUAAUUUUAUAACCCAGUGAGCGAGUGCGCCGACUGUUUAUUCAAAUUUAAAUUUAAAUCUGAGGAAUUUUAAACUAAACAUGAAAUUUAAAUCGACGAUUCUGGUGGUCCUGGUUUUCUCUUUAGCAAAAGCUGAUAAUAAAAGUAAUGAAACGGCAAUUAAAUCACUCAGUGAAACAAAAAUAUCAACAUCAUUAAUUGUUGAUAAUAAAACGAUUUCCUCAACAGAAAAAUCAAUAGAGAUAUUAAAAAAUUCAAGUAUUUCAAAUGAAGAAGUAAUCAGUCGCGAGAACGCUAGAGAGCUGUCAGUAUCAUCGGGAUCGGGAUCGGAACCGGAUGCAGAAGCAAUUUCGUCUGAAAAGGACUCAAUCGAGCAUGAAGAGUUGCCCGAAGCCUUACCAGAGGCAAUGGAGUUAAGACAUUCAAGAGUCGGUAAUCGUCGGCAUCCUUUCUAUAGGCCUCAAAUAAUUCGUAGACCACCGAAUAGUAAUCGCAGAAAUGUUUACCCAGAACCAAUGAGAGGAUCAAAACGACCGACACGUAAACCGAGUGACAGUAGACGUGAGCCGACAACUACUGAGUGCACUUUCUUUGGCAAAACUGUUUGUUUGAAAACUCUCAAUUAUCCUCAAGAAGCGAUAUUGAGAAGUUUGCGAGGAAAUAGAGAUAUGGUUGACCACUUGCUGAAGGAUUACAACAUCCAGCGAGAGGAUAGAUACGACGACGUCGAAGCUGAGAUAUUCCCAGUGGAAACUAGACACGAGCGGUAUGAGAAUAAUGAGAUCAAGAGAAGAUCUGAUUACUCAUUACCUAUUGAUAAUAAUGUCGAAGAAGGUUUUACUUGUCCAUCACAAGUAAUUUAUGCACGACCUCAAUUAGCUCGAGCAGCUUCUGGUGUUUGGAAAUACAUAAUAAAUACCGGCGAUCAUACUCAAACUUUACGCUUAGAAAAAUGCUCAAAACCUAAAUCAAGUUGUUCAUUUAUAUCAGACAACUACCGUUCAUCUUGCGUCCAAGUUUACAAUUACCACCGUCUACUGACGUGGGACAACGACAUUGGUCUCCAUAUCGACAUUUUCAAAAUUCCUUCUUGCUGCAGCUGUCAUGUCCACGGCUACGCAGACUUGUAUCCUCCAGUGCAAAAAGAUCCUUCAUUACCCGGAACAGAAAUUUUCCCUGGCGCUGAAUUUUCUACCGAUCACUCCAAAGGUUUUGACAGACCUUCGAGUUAUUUGUCUAAGCUGCCUUCAACAUACGACAGUAAUUACGUUGGGUCAAAGCCAUUGGAUGCCAGCAGUUCAAACCACCCGAGUUUCGUUUUACCCCGACCGCGGCCAAAGAAACCAACGACGUCAGCAACCCGGCCAUUUGAUAAACUGCCUCAGCAACAUGCGCCCAAUACCCGAGCUCCGGGGUACAAAGGGCCAAUGAAAAGCAGCAAGCGACCGGGUCGACCGAACCGGCCAUUUAGAAGAGAGUCCUCUGAUCUCGAAGAAGGAUCCUCGAAUACGAACCUCAACAACUGGUUUGAACAAGCCUUCGAUCAGGAAACCGAUCAAAGUACGAGACUGAACAACGGAGAAUUCGAAGAAGACUACGAGGAACCAAACAGACGAGUUAAUUACAACUACCACCCGAUUCUCGAGUUCUUUGAACCAAAAGCUUCGAUGCUCAAAUCACCCGAGCCUUCAUCUACGCAGAAAUCUUCCAUUGAGUUGACCCCCAAUGGCGAUGGCGAUUCAUGGAAGCCCAUGAUUGGUCUAUAGUUGUAAUCAUAAUUAUAGUUAUAUUUUUAUAUAUAGAUAUAUAGAUAUAUUUAUUAUUUUUAUUGUCUGAAUAAGUUACCUGAGGACCUGAUUUUUAAUUAACGUCAAUCAACC